GGGCUUCUGAGGGCCGCGUCCCCGGAGCCGGGCCCUCGAGAACGGAGCCCCAUGCUCUGGGGUCCCCUGCACGGAGACUCGUACCUUGGUGCCCGGCCACCCCGGGGCGGGCUGCGGGGCGCUGGAGUGCACGCACCUCCAUUCGAGUACACCUGCUGCAGAAUGCAAAACCCUACUACGCGGUGUCCAGUGACACACCCGAAUGAGGGCCAUUGCCCUGUCUAGCUGGUUUGGAGUACUCUGGCCCUGUACCCAGCCUAGACAAGCCAGCAAUGCUUCUGUGUACAGGCAGCCCCCGGGAAAGAGGUCUCGUUGCCACCAUUUACAGAGCAAGAGCAGUGGGAUGUGAGGCCGACCGACACCUCCCCCAAGGCUCAGCUGAGGGCUCCUAGAAGCUGAUGACACCUAUGGUAGCCAUCUGGACGCAGCGCUACCACUGCAAAACAGCACUGCCGGCCGGGCCCAAUGCCGGUCAUGCCCAUCCCGCGGCGGGUGCGCUCCUUCCACGGCCCGCACACCACCUGCCUGCAUGCAGCCUGUGGGCCAGUGAGAACCUCGCACCUGGCUCGCACCAAGUACAACAACUUCGACGUGUACGUCAAGACCCGCUGGCUCUACGGCUUUAUCCGCUUCCUGCUCUACUUCAGCUGCAGCCUCUUCACGGCCGCCCUUUGGGGCGCUCUGGCCGCCCUCUUCUGCCUGCAGUACCUGGGUGUGCGCGUGCUGCUGCGCUUCCAGCUGAAGCUGUCGGUGCUGCUGCUGCUGCUGGGGCGCAGGCGCGUGGACUUCCGCCUCAUGAACGAGCUGCUCAUCUACGGCAUCCACGUGACCAUGCUGCUAGUUGGGGGUCUGGGCUGGUGCUUCAUGGUCUUUGUGGACAUGUGAGGACCCAACCUCCACGGGGCUCUUGAUUGUGUGGUAUCGAGUCUCUUUCCGUGAAGGGUGGGACUGGUAGGGGCCUCUUUUUGCCCCAUCCCAAAGGUAAGGCCUGAAGCACACACUCCCACUGAGGAGAGAAAAGGGCUGAGACUACUCUGUGAUGGGGACACCAGUCUCCCUGUUGGCUUCUGCGCUGUCCUUUCUGUGCGCUUUCCCAGAUGUGACAUGCCUCUCAGCCUCUUGCCUCUGGCUGCCUGUACAUUUUCAGGCUGUCCAGUGGGUGGCCCGUCUGUCCUUUCUGCACCUUGAGACCUGUGUGACAUUCUCACCAACAUCAGGCCCAGCCAGUGGGACACACAAGGGGUGCCUCUGGGCUGCACAGCCCCUUUGUGUGCCCUGUUUCUGGCUCUAGCCUCAGGGACCCGAUCUGGCUAUACAGGCAGACAUGCUACUGCCACUACCUGCGCCCCCUUCUGAGCAGCUUGAAUCCUAUGCCCAUGGACCACUCUGUUGUCACCAAGUGGCUUUGUCUAUCUUGAACCCCAAGUCAGGUCUCAGGGUCACCUUGGUUUGUAUUGGUACAGUCUAGCAGGACACCAUAUGUGGCAUUGGUUGGUCCCUGAUACAAGGCUUGGACUCCAGAGUAGGGGCUGGUCCACACUCUGGGCAGGUCUGUGUGUCAGGCCAUGCUGGAGCUCCACAAACUUGAGGAACCCAGGAAGCCACUUCCACAUAGCACUGGGAGGAGCUUUAUCUCUGAGGGAUGGAAACCUCCAGCAGCCUCCCAAAGUCUUGGCGAAACCUGUAGAAAACAGGAGCAGAGUGUACCUCCUCAGUGGUAUUUACCAGCCCCAGUGGGCAUCCUGGAUGGGCUAACUGCAUCUUCCCACGUGGCUGUUAGUCUUGGUUUGAGAUAAAAAUGAAGGGAGUACCUGACCACCUUUGGCCUCUGUCAGGAGUGGGUUGUGGCUUUCACUGGUGACAAGGACCUGGGUGGCAAAUGAAGUGCUUUGAGUAGUAAUUCCCAGGGCAGGACACUGAGCAGAUCCUGCCAACACAUGCUUCACCCCAAAUUGUCACCUCACACCCUGGGCAUGGGGAUGGCCCCUUUGACCCUACCUUGCCAGAAAGAAACCAGCUGUGUUCCGUUGAAGAUAAACUUAAAGAAACCCAAACAGGGAAAGCAAAGAUGCAGGACCCUUGACCUAGCUCUUUAACUUGUAGCCAACUGUGCCCAUUGAUCUAGAGGGAGGGCUCAUGGAGGAAGUCUGCCUGCCUUCCGGGACAGCAGGUGAGAUGCCUUCCCAGUGGAUCCCGCCGCUUGCUUGCUGCAGAGAAUUGUUUGCACUAAAUACUACUCUCCCCCCAGAGCAGCUUUGUUCUUCAUUAAUUAGCUCAUGUUCCUCAGAGCGGUCUGAAGCCCCAUUGGCUGGGUGACAGUGGGUGUGUCAGAGGGCUGGUGGUGGGAGAGAAUGACAGGACCUUGUCACCCAUUGCACACCCAGCUGCCCAGUGUUCUGAGUGCCUGUUAAAUUCUUUAUGAGAUGAAUCACCUGCAUUAAACCUAUUUUUUUAAUGUG